AUGCAACAGGCGCUCUUUAAUGGAGGUGGUGGUAACAGCAAUGGCAGUGGUUCUUCAAGCAGCAAUGGAAUGAGGCAGAAUAGAAUCAGAGAACACAGAUUUGUAUUUGAUAGGUUAUUUGACGACACUGCUACUCAGAAUGAUGUAUACUGUCACACUACUCGACCACUUUUAGAUAAUGUUCUGGAUGGCUAUAAUGCCACAGUAUUUGCAUAUGGAGCUACUGGCUGCGGUAAAACUCAUACAAUCAGUGGUAACCCCAGCCAACCAGGUAUUAUAUUCUUAACGAUGAAAGAGCUUUUCGAGAGAAUUGAUGCAUUACGUGAUACAAAAACCAUCGACCUGAGUCUCUCUUAUUUAGAGAUUUACAACGAAACCAUUCGAGACUUGUUAGAACCAGCUGGGUCUGGACCAGGUCCUAAGAGAAUACUACAGCUCAGAGAAAACGCCGAUAAACGUAUUUCAGUGUCAAAUUUAAGUUCCCAUAAGCCAGAAAAUGUCGACCAGGUUAUGGACAUGAUUUUACAGGGCAACCAAAACAGAACCAUGUCACCAACAGAAGCCAAUGCUGUAUCAUCACGGUCGCAUGCUGUUUUACAAAUCAACAUUACUCAAAAAGCUCGUACCGCUGAAUUGAGUGAAGCCCAUACUUUUGCUACUCUGUCAAUUAUUGAUUUGGCAGGCAGUGAACGUGCAUCCGCUACAAAAAACAGAGGCGAACGCCUAAUCGAGGGUGCUAACAUUAACAAAUCACUACUAGCACUCGGAAAUUGCAUUAACGCUCUAUGUGACCCUCGUCAAAGAGGUCAUGUUCCAUAUAGAGACUCUAAACUGACAAGACUGCUGAAAUUCUCGCUGGGAGGGAAUUGCAAAACAGUCAUGAUAGUUUGUGUCAGCCCGUCCAGCCAACAUUAUGACGAAACUUUAAAUACCCUUAAAUAUGCUGACCGGGCCAAGAAAAUCAAAACCAAAGUAUCAAGAAACCAGCAUAGUCUUGAUCGUCAUGUCGGUUCUUAUUUGAAGAUGAUUACUGAGCAACGAGCAGAGAUCGAAGAACUCCGUAAUCGAGAAGCCAAGGUGAUUCAAGAAGCUCUCGACAAGGAUAGAAUGACAAGAGAAAAGCGUCUCAAGGCUCUUGAAGAAGCUCUUGAAAGCUUGGAUGCUGCCGUUGAGAAGAGUCGUUCCGAGUAUUCGAAUAAAUCUGUAUGCAUCUCAAAACUUAGGACUCUAUCUCUACAAAUAAGUCAGAUCGACGCAAUUGCAGAAGCUCUGGUAGAAAACUCUAAACAGUAUCAGCUUCCUGGGAUGGAAGUUUUCCAGAGUGCUCUUCAGAUGGCCAAGAACAAGGCUACGGCAGAGCAGGGGAAAAUUCAGCAAUAUUUGCAGUCUAUCAACGCCAGCCAGGCAAUCGACUCUGCCGCAACUAUUCUCAGUCGACGUCUCCAAGAAACUUCAGGCUGGUCAAAGCAAGAUUCUACAAAUUUUGAAAAUUAUCUGAAUUGGAAGAAAUCUAGCUUGGAGAACGAACUUCUACAAAAGUCUUUGACUGGUACCCCUAGUGCGAUCUCGCUAAAUGUCGUAGCUAGAUUAUUAUUCAAAUGCAUAGGCAGACUUGAAAGUUUGCGAUCUCAGCCAGGAGAAAUCAUCGCUGGAGAAGUCACUCUUCUCACCAAAGAAUUAUUGAAUGACAUGGAACGAUCGAAUAUUUUGACUGAGCCUACUGGCUGUGAGUCGAAUGCGUUUGAUUUGUCUCUUCUUAAUCAACCACAACAGCCUCUUUUGCACACAUCUUCCGUCAUGAACAAUGUUGUGCACAUGACCGCAUCCCCAAAGAGACUCUCAUCAUCUCGCAGAGUAUCAAUUCUGAAGAAAAAGUCUCCUCGGCUUUUGCGUCGCAGUUCUGUAUUAAUGAGAGCCAGCUCUCCUUUAAAGCCUCGUAAAACAUCUAAACGAGUUAGAUGGGAGGAUAGUGAAGAUACAGAUAGUCUGGCAAAUGACAUGACUGAGAGUGCUAGUGAUAUGGGUCUAUCAGACUCGUCUAUGAGUGUUGACCGCUCUACACCUACAGUGGCUCCUCUUACCGAUCCCAGAGUCACUAGACUGAUGAGCCCACUCCGCGAAGUUACUCUCGAUAGUGAUAUCAAUUCUUCAAUCGAUUACUCUGUUUCUCAUCCGUCAGGUAUGGGAAAGAAAAUAGGACCACGAAGCGACCUCACUCGUCGUUCUUUGAACAAGCCACGACCAUCCAUUUUAGGAAUUAACAAGCAUGCUCCAGGUAGGGUUGAGAAAGAAAAUAGCAGCAGCCCGAUUUCGUCACUUGACAAUCAGAGCAUUCUGCUGUCACCAAGCAGCACCCCUCCUGUGCCUACAUUGUCAUCCCGCUCGUCAGGAACUCCGUUCCAUCUGGCAGCAACAGCUUCUUCAUCCAUGAAGCAAAACCUUCGAAGAUCGUAA